AUGACCCACUCUCGCCGAUCCAGUCUUUCAAACCCUUAUGGACCCAGCGAAAAGGCCGAUCCACAGCGGCAAAAAGGAGGAUUCUUUGAUAUGGCUAUCUUUGACCCUGCCCCAGACGUUCGCCCCAAGAGCGCAAGGUCAUCUGUCGACCACGAGCGACUCAGUCACCGCAUGACAAUAUCUCGCCCGCCCUCCAUCGAGUCCAUCAACAGCGCCAACUCUGUCCCCUUUGCUCCUCCUCCUCCACCUCCACCCUCUGCCUGGAAACGGUUCACGAACCACUUUUCGCGUCGCGUCAUCAAACGACACGUCAAGUUCAUCAUCGCUUUAUAUAUCUCGUCUGCCUUAGCAUUGAUCACCCCGAUCGCAACUCAGUUGGGUCCAGCCCCAUAUAUGGCUAAUGUCGCCGUGGUGUUCAUGCAUCCUUCUCGAACGGUCGGAUCCCAGCUCGAAGUCACCUUCUUCAGUGUGAUCGGAGGCAUCUUAGGAGCGGCUUGGAUUAUACCCUGCCAGGUUGCUGUCGCUGCAUUCAAUCAGCGUUACUUAGCUGAGGGCAACAAUUCCGCCUGGGCGAUCGAAGCCGCAUGGUUUUUCGUGGGCGUCUGGAUCAUGACAUUGUACAAGACUCGAUAUGCAAAGUUGAAUUGUACGUUCGUCAUUUACACCAUCGUGGGUAUCUUCACGUUGACGAGAAGCCACACCAACUUGUAUUUCAACUUUUUCGACUUUUGGAAUCUCAUGGGUCCUAUGAUGAUUGGUGUUGUAAUCUGUCUGUUCGUCAGUAUCGUCUUUUGGCCAGAAACGGCCAGCGAAGGGUUAGGACGUGCACUGAACGAAUCCAUGGACACAUCUCGGUCACUUUUGAACCUCAGCACACGCGCCUUUCUCCUGAACCACAAAACCAUCGCCCUGCCAAAGUCCGCCAUCGACAAAGCCCAAGCCGAAGUUCGGACCGCCCAAAAGAAGCUCUUCAGCGCCUAUCGCGAGGCGCGGUACGAGGUGACCUAUUCUAGGACUAACCCCGCAGAUUACAAGGAGGUCAAGACAAUCGUUUCAGCUUUGAUGCGACAUUUGGCAUCCAUGAGUUUGGUUGUGCAGAACGAGCGCCUGUUGAUGCUUGGACAUCCCGACCGUGACGACGAGGAUCUGAUAACUCAGAGCGGAGGCGAGUCCGACACCAGUUUUGCCACCAGCGAUAGCAGCAGUGAGAGUGACAGCGACAGCGACUCGGAGGGUCAUGGCCUUAGGCGCGACCGCCCUUCCCGAUCCAACAGCAACACCAACUCUGGAGAGCAUAUCAAUCAACAAGCCGACUAUUUCGGGAGCGCAACUGCAGAAUCGACGACUGGAAAAGGUCAUCGCUCGCGCAACCGUCGCCAGAAGAAAUCAGAUACCGUCGAGAGCCCUACCAGCGAUGAAGGGAAUGACGAGCCCCACCACCGACGCGUCCGACGGAGAGGAAGCGCCGCAGAGUUGCGCAGAAUUCGACAACUGUUGCAGAGAGCCGAGAACUCGACACAGGCGGCCCUGAAGGCGAAGCAGCAGCAGCAGGACAACGCCAAGAAGGAGAGUCUUCAGCAGACAUUCCAGUUUGAUCGCGGUGGAUUCGCGACCGCACCACCAACGCCAGGAGGUCGAGGCUCUUUCAAUGUCUUUGGAUACCACCAGGCGCAUCGGUCCAGGAACAUGUCGCCUGAGCAGCGGACAGGACUGGAAACCUCUGAAACCCUUCGUCCAUCGAGCGGAUACCCUUCCAACGCCACCACCCCAAACUCUUCGCGUCCCAACUCGAUCUAUGAGGAGGCCAACCUGGAUACGGUCAAGAGUUUCAAGUCCCUCUUCUCGGUCAAGUCUGCCUCCAGGUUCAAGGCCAACCGCCCUUCGUCGCUGAAAGAAGGAUUCAAACCUGGUAACUCCAAGUGGGGCAAGGGGCGAGGAGACCAGGACGAUGAGCGCUCUGCAGGAAUCCCCAUGGAUCACUAUGCCACUGUUCCUGCCGGAGCUUUCCCAGAGGACGACCAGCUGAACAAUCGCCAUUACCGGACGGUCGGGGGAAUCCGAUUCGGGACAUCAUUGUCGGAUCAGCAAGUCAGGAAGGCGGCUGAGGCGUACAGGAAGAAGCAAGAGAACCAGAUCAAGCGGGAACGGAAGCAGGCGGAGCGUGAGCGCAGAGCCGAGGAGCAUCGGAUCAAGAAGCAGGAGCAGGCUAUUGCGGCCGCGAGAGCGAUCCCACCCAAGGAGGUUGCCUUUGGAGACCGAAAGUUGUUCAUGUCAUUCUUGGACAUUGUACGGGAUCCCUUGCAGCGGUUGAGUGGCUCCUGUUCACGCGUAAUGGUGGCCCUGGAGAUGGAGCUUGUCUCGGGACUCAAUGUCGAGCAGGAUCGCUUGGAGCGUAUUCAGAGGAGGAAUGCUCAGAGAGAGGCCGCGAUCCGCGCGAUCGAGGCCAAGAAAGCAGAGGACGAGAGAGCGGCGGCCAAUGGAGCGACAGUCAACACCAAUGCCGCUGGCAACGAGGCGGCUACUUGUGAGGCACCCAAGGAGGCAGCUGGUACAGGACUGACAGCAUUGGAUCGUCUCCGAGCUUUGGUGGGUGUUAAGUCCCAUAAGCUGACCAAGGAGGAUCUGGACUAUGCUGAAGCGCUCCAGGCGAGCAUGGGACCGGGACUCCAUGUGGGUGACAAGGGCAAGAAGGGCAAGAAGGGCAAGGAUCCAAAGUCAGCCAACACGGUCCAUCCCAAUAAGUUCCUUCAACAGGAUACGCUCCACAAGAUGACGUCUUCGGGAUUGGAGGAGGAAGAGGAUUUUGCUCUGCCGCUAGGUAUGUCGUACGUUCAGUACCUCACCGAAGAACUGGAGGUGUUCGACAAGGCCGAGGCUCAGGGACUGCAGGAUUUCAUUGCAACCCACCCUACCCUGGAUGUUGGACCACGCGAAGAGAUCUUCUUGAUCUUUUUCUUCCUCUUUGCACUUCGGGAGAUUGCUCGGGAACUGUUGCGACUCGGAAAGUACGUCGAGGAACUGGAGGAGCAGGGGCGGCGAACUAUGGAGUUGGAGGGUCGUAACAAGCGCAAAAAGAAGCUGUGGUGGCCCAAGGUGUUUGGCAACUUUUGGCAUUGGUUCUCUUGGGGCAGUUAUUCGCAAGUCAAGACCAGUGAGGGUUACAAUUCACUGAUCCGCAACUCGGCCAAGAACCUGGAGCACCGUCAACCGAUGACCGUCGAGGAGGAGAAGGUGAUUGUGGAGGCUAAAGCUGCCAAGACCGCCGCCGACAAGUUGGCUGCUGAGGUGGCUGCUGAGGCUGCUGCGGACAAGAGAGAGGAACUCCAGAGACGGGUCACUCAUCUUUGGGCACCCAUUCCUUUGCGCCGCACUGUGACCCUGUCGAACCUUAUUCAUCGCAGGAGCCAGGAUGUGGAUCUGGAACAAGGACACGACGACGCCCGCAACCCUCGUGGACAGGAAAAGAUGCCGCAGGAGCGUAGGUCGAGAUCUAACUCCCGUCUCAGGACAGGUAACGACUGGACGUCGGGCAGCCCACGCCGCCACCGCAGUCACCAGCGUCUUUUCGGCAACUCCCAUUCGCGCCAUGAAAUUGUCGAGGAGAAGCAAGAACCGGAUCUGGAUCUGGGCAACCCAUACGUCCUUGGAAACAGAGAGGACUUGAAGCCAUCGCUCGAAGAUGAGAAGGUUGAGGCUCCGGAGGAGAGUGGGUCCAAGCAGGCUGGCCAGUACAGCGUCGUCGAGAUUCCGUCGUUCAGGUCGUUGGGGCACAAGCAAAAGGAGGAUUUGAGGCACUUUGAUGACACCAACCAGGUCGAGCUGCUGCCCAAGAUCCAUGUCAUUAAGCCGAACUAUACCGCCCCACCGGAACUGGACAUCAGCAAACUAUUUAAGGCCAGGAAGUCGCCACUCUCACCGGACUCGGAUGCAGGCGAAGGUCCUUCAGUCUUGCCGUCGUCAUCGGCAAUGUCGCCUAAGCAGCAAGUUCCUUCAUUUUCUUCAAGCAUGUCACCGGCACUACUCCCUGACCAUCAUCCACCUUCCGGCCCGGCUGCCAAGACGAGUCACAAGGAGGGUCCUUAUUCUGUCGAUUCUGACAGUACCGACAGCGACUCUGAGCACCAGGCAGGCAAGAAGGACAAGAAGAGUCGUGCUCGCAACCUGUUUUCUGGAUUUAGUGGCCGGCACUCCUCAGAGGAUAGCGAAUCCGAGUCCACCUCACCAUCUCGCAAAAAGUCACCUUCGCCAGCUCCCGCACCUCCAGAGCCACCUCGGCCCAGGACCAUCUUUGUGAACGUUCCAAAACCUAAGACAUGGCGGUACUGGUUCUGGGAAAACCUCCAGCCGUUCAAGUCGGAAGAAUUCAAGUUUGGAUUCAAGAUGGCGGUUGCUCUCACGUUCAUUGGACUCUGGUCAUGGCUGCAGUGGAACAAUACUCCGUUGGCGACCGAUCGUGGACAGUGGGCUAUGCUGACUGUGAUGGCCGUGCUGUCGCCCACAGUCGGGGCCACAUUUAGUGUUUGUGCCAUGCGUGUCGCAGGCACUUUGGCGGGCACAUUCUGGGCCCUGAUCACCUACUUGGUCCUUCCUCGCAAUCCUUGGGUCAUCUGUGCCUUCAUGCUCGUCGUCGCAUUCGCGAGUGUGUUCCUGAUUUUGGAGACUGCGCAUCCCAAGCUUGGAAUCAUUAUGAUUCUGUCAUACUCUUCGGUGACAUUCAUCAUGUACGAGGGCAGUGCCACAGAGACGAUCUACCAGGUUUGUUACAAGCGAUCCAUCACUGUCAUAAUCGGUAUCAUCAUCUCGGUGGUGAUGAACUCGCUCCUAUGGCCCAUCCUGGCCAGGAGAGAGUUGCGCAAGGAGAUUGCGAUCCUAAUUGGAAGACAGGGAGUCUUGUUUGCUGAACUGGUCAACAAGUUCUUCUUGGAGGAACAGCGAGAGGGCCAGGGCCACUCGCAUUAUGUGGCCAACUGGCCAGAGAACGCUCAGGAUGAUGAUGAUGAUGAUGAUGAUCUAGAUGAUGGCGAGGUGGAUGAGAAGGCGGCGCUGGCAAGGGGCCUUGAGGCCGAGCAUGUGCAUGACUCAUUUGUUGAGCGUGCUGAGCGUGCUGAGAAGGCAUCGCAUCAGUUUUCUACCAGUCAGGACGGUCGUCGCAAAGGGUCUACCGCGAUGAGAACUAGGAGCGAGGGACAGAUCCCUACCGGCCAGGCAAGCGAAGCCACAAAUGCUGUAGGUCGUCACAGCAGCCACGAUAGCGAGCUGCUGCCUCAAGUUGCACCAGAGUCCGCAGACCCGGAUCGACUGGCGUUCCAGCAUGUCGAACAGCAGCUUCAGACAAAGUUGAUCAAGAUCAACCAGCUUCUGGAGUUGUCUGCGUCAGAGCCGAGGUUGAAGGAAAAGUUCCCGAUCAAGCUGUACAACCAGAUCAUCCAAUGCUGUCAGAACAUCUUGGACAGGAUGGUAUCGAUGCGUAUGGCUGCACAACUGAUCUCGCCAGAGGUCCGUGAGCUCGUCACUGGCCCCAUGAAUUACUACCGCCGCGACAUGGUUGGUGCGCUUCUGCUGUACUUUAGCGUGUUGUCUUCGUCUCUUGCGUCCAAGUCGCCACUGCCACCAUACCUUCCCUCGGCCAGAGUAGCCCGUCUCCGAGUCAUCUACAACGUCAGAGAAGCUAUCGCCGCCCAUCAGGCUGUCACCAAAGAGGACCACUAUACCUAUAUCUACUACUAUGCCUUCUCCUCUGCGCUGGAAGAAGUCAUCGAGGAACUCGAAUUGCUGGCGAUAUUGAUCAAGCCAAUUGUCGGGGUGACAAUGGUCUCAUCAGGCAGCAGAACAGACGAUGGCGCCGACGGUCUCACGGGUGGCGAGUUCAAUUUUGGAACUGCCGUCCAAACCAACUCUAUCGGCUUACCAGAAACAUCUGCGCUUGCGCAUCCAGCCCCCGGAUCGGAAGCUCUGCACGGACAAGGCCUUGGUGUUGGUGGCAGCAUCGGCGGUACUUUGAUGCAGGGUUCAAGCUCUGCGGUGUCGUCGCCUGCGAUCCCGGUGACGAUGAUUAACAUUGGAGCUUCGGAUUCGACUACUGCCGGUAUGGGCGCUGGAGCGUUUGGUCAGAUAAACCAACAUCAUCUGCAACACCAACAACAACAGCAACAGCGUCAGCAUGACUUGGAGAGGGAUCUUGAGCCUCAGCAGUUGGAAUACCCUCAUGAUCUGCUGCAGCAGCAGCAACAGAAGCUGAUGCAGGACCAGGCCAAGAUGCAGCAGAUGCAGCAGCAGAUCGAGGCACAACAAAAGCUUAUCCAGCAACAACAACUCCAGAUCCAACAACAGCAAAAGACGUAUAGUUUCCAUCCGGAUCUAGCCAUUGCUAUACCUAUCGCUAGGGCACCCCAGCCUUUGGCCAACAAUCCGGCCGGUAACCUUGCGGGCGGAGCUGGGUCCAAGUCUUCGUUGCUUUCGGGGCAUUCUGUAGCUGGAUCGAUUGGUCAAGGAGGUGGUGGCGAGGAUAAGCGGCCAUCUGUGGUCGAGAACCAGAUCUUGAACUCUGCUUCGGCCGCAGCUUCCGCUCUCCAUCAGUACAGCGGCAGGCGCAAGAGCUCAACCGUGAAACCCAAGGUUGGAGGGCUCCACGUCGACAUCCCUUCGACCUCUUCGGCUUCAGCCCCACAGGCAGGAGGACUUGCUCUUAAUGCGACUACCACCCCCGGAGGCAUGAAACUGCUACCUGCGGCGGUAGCGUUGGCAACGUCGCCGAUCAUCAUGAUGGACGAGAGUCUGUUGGGCGGAGGACGACAUAGCCAGCGGUUCAAGGAUGCGCUCCAAGUCGCACAAGAGGCUAGCGGGCAGAAAAUGAUUGAAGUCCGGUCGCCUACUGUUUCCACCAACGGAGUCACGGUCAUCCCGGCACAGGGCCAAUUGGCCAUGGGAGCGACAUCGACUGGAACCACGACCAAGAAGUCCGGCACUGGCAGUUCUAGCAACGUCCCGACUCUCAAUAGGAUGUUGAGUUCUGGAAUCGCUACCGCAUCGUCAACUGCUUCGCCAGCGGCAGCGGUGGCGCCGCCUAAGGUGAAGUCUACCAAUGCUGGACCCUCUGCAACUAGCUUCAGCAGCCACCUCCCAGAUAUCACCGUCACUCUCCCAGGCCCUCAACAGCAAGCCCAGCCCCACCAACAUCGGAUGCAACGUCCUUCCCUGCACCCCUUUACAUCUCAAACGAGCCAAGGAAGCGUCUCUGGACAUGGACAUUUUGGAUCUCCCCCUUCUUCUUAUUCUGCGGACAAUUCAGUUGCAAACGGUGGAGAAGGUCCUUCUUCGGCAACGCCCUUUGUGCUGAACCUUCCAGCAAGAGUUAUUGUCCCCACAACUACUACAACUACUAAUACAUCUCCCACCAGUCCCCCUUCAUCCUAA